GGACUUAAGAAGUUAAGUGAUCAUAAUAACGAUAACUACAUUUACAAAGGUUUUAGGAUUUUCUUAGAAUGGUUAUGAUGAAGAAAGUAACUAGGGCGGCGAGCGCCGACUUCAAGAUACACACUCCGGUGGUACACAUUGAUAAAUGUUUUUCGGAAAUGGUAAAAGUCAAUCUAAAAGUCGACACACUUGUUGUCGUGCACAAACAUAAAAAGCUAGUCGCGUUGUAUUCGAUACUUGUCGAAAGCUGCUGCCGAUUUCUGAGGCAUUUGGAAGGAAUUAUGGUAAACAAUGUAAUAAUGUGCGAUGGUGACAACUCCUCUAUUUCACCACUGGAGACUUACCAUUUCUUUCCUGAACCGUGCGGGCAUUUUAUUACAAGAACUUUCAUUAAAAAUGAAAAUGCAGAGUUGAGAGCAAAGGCGAGAAGGCUACUUCACAAGCGUUUAUUGCUACCAGUAAAUCAACCAUUGUUCAGGGUGGGCAACCGAUUUGUUUUUGAAGGAGACGCGCAGGGAGCGGGACUGUUGAUCAAUCCUCAUGAGAGUUUAAAUUCUGUGAAAAAUGGAGGGGAAAUCGUUUUGGUUAAAGGAAAGUACAGGUACUACCAUUACUGUCAGAACAACAUGGACGACAACGGCUGGGGAUGCGCCUAUCGUUCGCUGCAAACGUUAGCCUCUUGGUUAUUACUUCAGGGAUAUACAGAUACAGAAGUACCGACGUUUCACGACAUUCAGAAGUGUCUAGUAGACAUUGGCGAUAAACCUUCCAGUUUUGUAGGCUCAAAACAGUGGAUCGGUUCGACCGAAGUCAAUUUCGUUCUAAAUUCGUUACUUAAUGUAACAUGCAAAAUUUUGUACGUCAGUUCGGGCGAGGAUAUGGCUAGUAAAGGACCAGAAUUAGUUUAUCAUUUCAAACACCAUGGCUCACCCAUAAUGAUUGGGGGUGGCGUUCUUGCACACACCAUAUUAGGCGUUGAUUAUAAUAAUUUAACUGGCGAAAUCAAGUUUCUUAUUUUGGAUCCACAUUACACCGGUUCUGAAGAUUUGGACAUCAUAUUGAAGAAGGGAUGGUGUGGAUGGAAAGGUGCCAAAUUUUGGGAUAAAACAGCAUACUAUAACAUGUGCCUACCGCAGGUUCCGUCUUGCGUCUAAUCAGUUAUGAUUAUUAAGCUUUUAUUACUUUGUUGAAUAAAUAAUUUUAUUUAAAAAUAUA